AUGGGAGCGCUGUGUUCCGGGAAAAGUGGAAAUCCUGAUGAGCUUAACACUGGAAAAAAUGUUCCUUUAAGAGAUAAUCAUAACUAGGUGCCUAAGAUUGCUUAUAACCUUGAUCGUAAAGCCAAUGGAAGUAAUAAUGACUCUCCUGAUAAGGUGGAAAAGGUACUCAAGAAGUCUACUACCAUCAACAAGGAUCAAUCUGGAAUUAAGAGUUCCCAUGUUUAGGAAACAAGUGUUGAAGACGAAGUCUUGAAGUAAGCUGAGGAAGAGAUUAAGAGAUAAGAAUAAGAAGAUAAACUCCGCCAAGAAAAGAUAUUAGAGCAAAUCUACUCUGAAAAACUCCUAGAAGAAGAAAAAUUGAAUUAAAAGGCAGAAGAAGAGAAAUUGAGAUAAGAGAAAGCUGCUGAGUAAUAGAGAAAACUUGAAGAGGAAUAAUAGAGACUCUAAAGAGAGAAAGAAGCUGAAUAGCAAAGAUUAUUGGAAGAAUAAAGGAAAGCCUAGGAAGAUGCUGAGAGAUUAUAACGAGAAGCAGAAGCAGAAGCUGAAGCUGAGGCCGAGAGAUAGAGAUAAGCUGAGCUUAAACGUUAGGAAGAAGAAAGAGUCAGAUAGGAACAAGAAGCAGAGGCUGAGAGAUAAAGAUAAGCUGAAUUGUAGCGUUAGGAGGAAGAAAGAAUUAGAAAGGAAUAAGAAGCUGAAGCUGAGAGAUAAAGAUUGGCCGAAUUACAAAGACAAGAGGAAGAGAGAAUCAGGAAAGAAAAAGAGGCUGAAGCUGAGGCAGCAAGAUAAGCUGAAUUAAAAAGAUAAGAGGAGGAGAGAAUCAGAUUAGAAUUAGAAGCUGAAGCUGCUAGAUAAGCUGAAUUAAAAAGAUAAGAGGAAGAAAGAGUGAGAUUGGAAUAAGAAGCUGAAGCUGAAAGAUAGAGACUAGCAGCUGAGGCUGAGGCUGAAAGAUAGAGAUAAGAAGCUGAGGCUGAAAGAUAGAGAUAAGAAGCUGAAGCUGAAAGAUAGAGAUAAGAAGCUGAAGCUGAAAGACUACGCAAAGAAGAGGAAGAGAAGCAAAGAUUAGCCGAGUAAUAGAAAUUAAAAGAAGAAGAGGAGAAGAGAUAAAAAGAGGAACAAGAAAGAUUACGCUUGGAAGAAGAAAAAUAACGCUAAGCAGAAAUUAAGAGAUAAGAGGAAGAGGCUGAAAGAUUAAGAUAAGCAGAAGCAGAAAGAAUUCGUCUCGAAGAGGAAGAGCGUCUUAGAAGAGAAUAAGAGGCUGAACUUGAGAGACAAAGAUUAGCUGCUGAAAAAGCUGCUGAAGAGGAGAGACUAAGAAUAGAAGCAGCUGAGAAGGCUGUUGAAGAAGAGCGAUUAAGAAUUUAAGCUGCUGAAGAAGAGAGACUUAGAAUCGAGGCUGCUGAGAAAGCUGCUGAAGAGGAGAGAUUAAGAAUUGAAGCUGCUGAGAAAGCUGCUGAAGAAGAGAGAUAAAGAAUCGAAGCUGCUGAGAAGGCUGCCGAAGAAGAGAGAUAAAGAAUCGAAGCUGCUGAGAAGGCUGCUGAAGAAGAGAGAUAAAGAAUCGAGGCUGCUGAAAAGGCUGCUGAAGAGGAGAGACUUAGAUAGGAGUAAGAGGCAGCUGAAGCUGAAAGACUUAGAAAGCAAUAAGAGGAAGAGGAAGAGCAAAGGAGACAGCAAGAAGAAGCUGAAAAAGCUAAAUAGCAACAAACAGUUGAAACUAGUGAAUCAACUGCUGCAGAUACUAAUACAGCCACUGAUGAUGCUGAGAAUAAAUAAGAUAAUGAGGAAUAAAAAGAAGAAGGAGGUGAGGAUAAUGGUGAAAAUGACGGGCAGCCAGGCUUGUAGAGUCAAAAGACCAAGAGGAAGAAGAAUAAGAAGAAGAAGUGA